CAGAACCGUUGAAGCUUUUGCUUUUGCCAAGCAUUUAAGAUUGGAAAAAUUAAUUUAUUAAGAUCAAGAGGUCUUUAAAGAGUGUUUGUUGCUCCUAUGUGAAGGUUCAACAUGAGUUCAAGUCCAUUUUCCAUUGGAGACCUUGUGUGGGCGAAAAUGAAGGGUUUUCCACCAUGGCCAGCAAAGAUAACUGAACCACCUGUGCAUUUAAAAUCAUUAGCACGAUCAAAAAAGGGACACCAAUGCUGUUUCUUCUUUGUAUCAGAAAACUACUCCUGGAUACGUGAUGACCAAGUCUUUAAACAUUCUGAUUCUAUGGUGCCUAAGAGCAUGAAAAGAAAAAGUUUACAAUACCGACAAGCUGUAGAGUUGUUUUUGCAAGAAUGUCCCAUACCGGAUUACACAAAGACAUUGGAAAUAGUUGAAGAUAUUGCAGAAAUACAGCCAUCUACUAGUAGCAGUGCUUCAAAACGCAAGAUUUCGAGUGGAAAGUUGCAGAAAAGUAAAAAACUUAAGCAACAAGGUUCUGAUACUAUCAAAAAGACUCCCAGAAAACGAGGAUCUGGUACUCAAAAUAUUAAGCAGGAUGCGGUAGAGGCCAGAAAGAAAAAACGUUUGGCAAAUAUGAGGGGGUUAAGAAUCAAGUGGAGAAAGAGCAAGACUAAUGUGGACGAUGAAGAUGAUGAUGAAGAUGAUGGUCAACAUUCCCCCUCAAGUUUGAAUGAAACUUCUUCCUCAAUUAUGAAUGGCACAACUUCCACAGUUAUGAAUGAAACUACUUCCUCAAUUAGGAAUGGAACUACUUCUUCAAUUACGAAUGGAACUACUUCCUCAAUUAUGAAUGAAACUACUUCAAUUAUGAAUGAAACUGCCUCACUUAUGAGUGAAACAGCUGCUUCAAUUUUGAAUGGAGGUGCUUCCUCCUCUUGUAGUAAUGAAAAUGCGCUUCAGUGGUUUCCUGGCUAUAAUCCAAACAUUGUACCAAAACGUCCCAAAGUGCCGCCUUAUAUCGAACUGCCUCCGACUCCAGAAUUUGAUAUGAUCAUUGACAUGGAAGAUAUGAAGAAAAGAGAGAUAAAGCCUUCUUCAAAAAAAUUCGGCUUUUUAGGACUAGGUUUCAUUGGACAAAUUCUUGCGAAACGCAUCCUUUGUUCUGGUCAUGAUCUAACAAUCUGGAACAGGAGCCCCGAGAAAUGUGAAGAUUUCUUUGAAGCUGGAGCUCAUAGUGCUCAGACACCUGCAGAUGUAGUGGCUGCGUCAGAUGUAACAUUUUGCUGUUUUUCCGACACUGAAGCUGUCAAGGGCAUUGUAUUUGAUAAUUGUGGUGUUCUCAGUGCAAUGGAUGCUAGUGGUAAAGGAUUUUGUGUACUAAACACAAUUGACCCAUCUGAGUCUAUACAAAUAAAUGAGGCAAUUGUCAAUAAAGGUGGUUUCUAUCUUGAGGCCUUUGUACAUGGGACAAGAUCUAUGGCUAAAGAUGGAGAACUGCUCGUAAUUGCUGCAGGUAACCGUGCUGUAUUUGAUGAUUGCACUUCCUGUUUUCAGUCUUUUGCAAAAAAUGCUUAUUUCAUCGAUUUUCAAGUUGGCAAGGCUGCAAUUGUGAAUGUGCUUCUACUUGGGGUCGCUGCUACUUCUUGCCUUGCUCUUUCAGAAACAUUGCAUUAUACGGAAAGGAGGGGCAUGUCAAUAGAAUCGAUUGUAGAGUAUUUUGAAGAAACGAGGUUAUCAAAUUUUGAACUUAUUAAAAAUGCAAGUGCAAUAGACACACAAGACUUUUCCACAGACAUCAGUGUCAAACUUAUUCAGCAAGCUUUACACUCAGCAGUUAAUUUGAGUGAUGCUGAUGGUACCCAGACUUUGAUCACAGCACUUGUUAAUGAGAAGUAUAAAAAUGCUUCACUGCUCAGAUAUUUUGAUCACGACAUUGCUGCUGUCCAUCAGACAUUGAAAUAAAAUUCUCUUGUUCGUCAUUGUAAAAGAAGUCAUUGUAUGACACUGUUAUUUUUUUAAUACAU